UUUGGUUAGUCCUGGAUAUCCAGUCGUUUUGCGUGAAAGCAAAUUUCGUGUACAAAGGAAGCAUCGUGUUCCAAGGAGCGAUUCAAUUGCUUCCUCUAACCAUUCGUACGCGUGUCUCGCAUAACAGUGACAUUUCUCGCAGAUGAAAAUGUCAGACACGGAGGCGCUUAAAUUGGAAGCUGAUCGAGAAUCGUGUGUACCUGAAGCAACGAACCCUAAUCAAGCGGAUAAUGCGGGAAACGCACCUUCGCCCGAUACCGAAAAUGCAGCUGUCCCCGCAACCGAGAAUCAAAAUGCACCUGCACCAGCCACGGAAUGUGUUGUUGCGCAUAACUCGGAAAAUCAAAUCGUAGAUGCACCUCUGAAGGAGGUGACUGCAACUGAAAGUGAAACUGUAGUCGAAUCGACAAAGGGAAUAGUAGACAACGUUGGUACGAUUUCUGAGAGCAAAUCAAACGAACAAUCGCCACAUGUUCCUGAAAUUCAGCAACCGCCGUCCAUAGGCGCGGGAGAUACUUGCUUGGUCCUAAAGCACGACGAAAUCGCUGAUAAUAAUAAAGAGAUUGAUGGAACAUCGAUAUCGAUAGAAAAAUCGCUCGUGGACGAUGAUAAAAAAGUAAGCGACAAUGAACUUAUGAUAUCGAAACUGAAACAGGAAGUCCAGAAAAGGAUCGAGGAACGAGAUUCAUACCAAAAGAAACUGCAAUGCACCGAGAAGAAGCUGGCAGCGUUACAGACGUCGUACGACGCCCUGAUGAAAGGCGAGGGCAACGAAGUCCUUCUUCGUCGCAUGGUGGACCAACUGAAGGGUAAACUGAUACAGACCUCGUUGCAAUUAGAGGAUCGCAUCCGCACCGUCACCACUCAGGAAAAGCAAAUCAGCGCGUUGAACAGCCAAGUGGCUUCUCUGAAGGAAGUAGAGUCUCUUACCAGGAGUCUGUUACAAAUUCGUAACAUGGAAGUCAAGCAUCUACAGGCCGAAGUCGACGACAUGGAAGUUCGAAUCACCGAAGAACGGGAUCGAUACACCACGAUGAUAAAUAAAAUGGACGCAGCGGUGAAAUUGAAUGCGGAUCUGAAGAAGGAAUACGAAACCCAGCUUUGUCUCUUCCGAGAUCUUCGAGAGAAGUACGAAGAGAAGGUCACGUUGUUGUCAGAAGAGAAGCGAGCUCUUGAAAAUAACGCGCAAACUGUUCCUCAAUAAGUUCCAUUAAACACCCUAAGUUGUGUUACUUUAUAAUUACAUUAAUUUGUAUAAAAUAAAAAAUGUUGCUAGUGA